AUGCCCGUUCCCGCGUCGACAAAAAGAAAGGCGCCGGGUAAGCUGGCCGCCCCGGUCGUCAAGCCGAGCGCCAAACUGCCGGCCAGGAGCACCAUCGACGAGAGCCGAACCUUCGUGGCCGGCACGGACGCCCACCCAGGCCCGCAGCAGAUGCACUCGGGCGAGGUCGUCUCCGACCCCGACAGCGACGACGACGACGGCUCGUCGUCCGAGCACCCUCCGGACGAGAAGAAGCAGACCAACGGUGCUGCCGAGGCGGCGUCUCCCGGGGCCCCGGCAGCCCGCGUCAACGGCAAGCACAGCAGGGACGGCGCCGGCGAAGGAGGGCGAGAAGAAGGGCAAGAAGACGGAGACACCUCGCCGUCGUUUGGGGAACUCCUCCGGGGCAGCGAGGCCAUCGACGUGCCCGCUCUGCUGCAGCAAGCCGCGCGCGAGCAGCACGCCGCGGCGCAACCUGCCCCCAGCCGCGCUGUCGCGCCGCCGUCUCUGCAGUCACUCGCGACCGUCCUGACCCAGGCUCUCAAGACGGACGACACGGAGCUCCUCGAGUCGUGCCUGCAAACGCAGGACCUGGUGACCAUCCAAAACACCGUGGAGAGGAUAGACAGCUCGCUGGCCGGCAACCUCCUCGCCAAGCUGGCCGCCCGGCUGCACCGCCGGCCCGGCCGCGCGGGCGCCCUCAUGGUAUGGGUGCAGUGGACCAUCGUGUCCCACGGCGGGGUGCUGGCAUCGCAGCCCAAGGUGGUGCUCAGCCUGCACGAACUGCAAAAGGUGCUGGCCGAGCGGGCCAGGGGGCUCCACAGCCUGCUGGCCCUCCAGGGCAAGCUCGACCUGUGGAAAAGCCAGAUGGACCUGCGGCGCAAGAUGCGCCAGAGCUCGGGGCUCCUGCGCCAAGGGGGGGACACGGCUGACCUCGACGACCGCGGCGGCGACGGGGGCGACAAAGACAACGGCGACGACAACGACAACGACAACGACAACGACAACGACAACGACGACGACGACGACGACGACGUCAUAUGGGUCGAGGGCGAGACCGACCCCGUCAGCCGCAAGGGCCUCGGUGGCAAAUCAAUAAGGCGCGGGGGCGAUGACCUGGACGACGGCGACGACGGCGACCUACCAAUGGUGAAUGGCGUGGGCGAUUCCGAGGACGAGGACGAGGAUUCAGAGGUGGAUGAGGUGCAAGACAGCGAGGCCGCGGGGGAGUCGUUGGACGAAGACGAGGUGGACCACGACGACGGCCAGGAUUCCAUGGCCGAAGAUGACGAGAGCGACGUCGAAGCUGCGGGUCCUCCGUCCAAGGUGCAAAAGGUGCAAAAGUACACCCGAGGAAGAGCACAUCUCAAGGAGCAGCUUGGUGGCUAG